GGGAAAUAGGGUGCACCUUCGCCUCCAUCUAUGACAUUAGAAUGUGACUGUUCCUCUUUUCUCUCUCACUCUUUCACUCAUAUUUUCGCCUCAGUCUUCUCUUCUUCUUCUUCUCAGUUUCGAAAAUCGUAGUCUCCUAAUGAUAAAAGUUUCCUCUCAGACUUUCUUUAUUACAUUCUAGCUCUCUAUUAUCGUUUUAGUAAGUUAACCAAUCUCUCAUUUUUCAAAUCGGUUAUAAACCCUAGAUAUUGAGGAAGGAGAAAAUUUCAGUUGAAGAUACUUAGCUAGGUUAUUUAGUCUUUUAUUUUUUUUGAAGUUAUAGUUAUAAUCUCUGACAUUUUUGCACUUCAAAAUUGUUAAUCAGUUGUUAGUUUGCUCGUCGUUUUUUCCCCCUUUUAAUAUACAGAUUUCAGACUUUAAUUUGUUGUUAAUUUUCAAUUUAUUUUCAAAGGGGUUUUCUUUGAAAGCUUGUAUAGGUUAUGCUUGAUCUGUAAGUGUGCGUGUAUGCAUAUAUAGUCAUGGGUGUUGGUUUUAUGCAUUUGGGUUAGCAGAAACUCCGCCAUGUUUGGAGCUUAGUAAAGGGAUAGUUGAGUAUUUCUUGUGAAGUUUGCUUUAAGGAUUUGGAAGAGGGCAUGGUGGGCAAGGAUGAUGCAUCUGGUGCUUCAUGGGGUCCAUCGCAGCCUCCUUCCGGCUCCCGGAAGAUGUUCUGGCGCUCGGCUUCGUGGUCUGCUUCGCGGUCUUCGCUACACAACCCUGAGAAUGAAGAGAAAGACGUUGCAGAUCCAAGUAAUGGCAGUAUUGGGAACGGCCAUGGCCAAAACCGUCGGUUUCCAGCUCCACUAACCCCUCGCUCUCAGCAGAAUUGCAAGGCCAGGUCAUGUUUACCACCCUUGCAGCCAUUGUCGAUUGCUCGUCGGAGCUUGGAUGAGUGGCCCAAAGCGAGUUCGGACGAUAUCGGUGAGUGGCCGCAGCCUCCCACACCAAGUGGAAGAGGAGGCGGGGAAAGGCUGAAGCUUGAUUUGUCUUCGAUUCAGCGAAACCAACCAGACAAGAAUGGUGGGCUUGUAAGAAGAGAUAAAAUUGCUUUCUUUGAUAAAGAGUGUUCAAAAGUGGCAGAACAUAUCUACCUUGGUGGUGAUGCUGUUGCAAGGGACAGGGAAAUACUUAAGCAGAAUGGCAUUACCCAUGUACUGAACUGUGUUGGGUUUGUUUGUCCCGAGUACUUCAAAGCUGAUUUUAUGUAUAGAACUUUGUGGUUACAAGAUAGUCCGUCAGAGGAUAUUACUAGUAUCUUGUAUGAUGUUUUUGAUUACUUUGAGGAUGUUAGGGAACAACGAGGGAGGGUUUUCGUUCACUGUUGCCAAGGGGUGUCCCGGUCCACAUCUUUGGUAAUUGCUUAUCUUAUGUGGAGAGAAGGCCAGAGUUUUGACGAUGCUUUUCAGUAUGUGAAAGCAGCGAGAGGAAUUGCUGAUCCAAAUAUGGGGUUCGCUUGCCAGCUAUUGCAGUGUCAAAAGAGGGUACAUGCGUUUCCACUCAGCCCUAGUUCCUUACUGAGGAUGUACAGACUUGCUCCACACUCGCCCUAUGAUCCUCUGCAUCUUGUUCCAAAGAUGUUGAAUGAUCCUUCUCCGGCUGCUUUGGAUUCUAGAGGGGCAUUUAUCAUUCAUGUUCCUUCCGCAAUUUAUGUUUGGAUUGGUAAGAGCUGUGAGACAAUCAUGGAAAGGGAUGCUAGAGGUGCUGUUUGUCAGAUUGUUCGGUAUGAAAGAGUGCAAGGGCCAAUAACAGUACUCAAGGAAGGGGAAGAACCAUUAUAUUUUUGGGAUGCUUUUUCAAACCUUUUACCCUUGAUGGAUAAGUCUGCCAACGUUAACGUAGUUGGAAAAUCAGCCAUUAGGAUUGUCCCAGGUGAUAGAAAAGUUGAAUCGUAUAAUGUUGACUUUGAGAUUUUCCAGAAAGCUAUUAUGGGGGGCUUUGUACCGCCAUUUGCAUCUUCGGAAAAUGAGCAUGAAACCCACCUUCCUGCUAGAGAAAGCAGUUGGAGUCUGCUAAGGAGGAAGUUUGCCUCUGGCAAUAUGAAGGAUUUUGUCUCUGCACCCAGAAUUCCCCUCUCCAGGGUGUACUCAGACUCAAUGAUGUUGGUGCAUUCAUCUAAAAUUUCAGCAUCACCUUCAUCAGUGUCUUCUUCGUCGUCUUCAUCGUCAUCCUCUUCGCCUUCACCUCCUUAUCUCUCUCCGGAUUCCAUAUCUUCUGAACCAAGUACCAGUUUUAAAUAUUUCCCAGAAUCUUCUUUGGAUUCUCCUUCUGCAGCUUCUGGUGUUCCUUCCUCAUUGUCUAAUUUUUCUAACUUGUCUCUGCUCUCAACCAAAGCAUCAUCUCAAUCAACAUCUAGAAGUCCAGAAAUAGCUGGCUCUAAUUUAACUUCUCAGUCGAAUUCUUCACCAUUUAAGAAGUCCUCACCUUCCCUUGCGGAGCGGAGAGGUAGCAUGUCAAAAUCUCUUAAGCUGCCAGAUUUGAGUGAAAAGAUGAGGGCUACCCCCACUUUCUCAAUUCUCCCUGACGAUCAAGACGGCGCUGUCAAUGUAAGCCACGGUAGUUGCUUCUUAGCCAUUAAUGUUCGCAAUGCCUCGGAGACCAGGGACGGUGUUGAAAAUGGGGAGAGGGCCUCACCAGAACAUUGCGAUAUAUAUCCUUCUAGGGAAACUGGUUUUGAUCCAAGCCAGACGAAAGAUGAUUUUGUCAAACAUUGUGGUGAACCUCGGAGAGAAGGCUCAGAUUUCUCAGCCCAAAAUGGGAUAGAGGAAAGUGGUGGCUCAACGAGAUAUGAUGUUUCACAUGCUCUAAUAUGUCGUUGGCCCAGUUUAGAGAAGAUGACAACAUUUGGUGUGAAUGAUCUGGAUUCCAGAGCCACUUUUGCUGUUUUGUCUCCAAAUACAGGAUUAGGCAAAAAUGAGGAGAGGAUUUUAUAUGUUUGGGUAGGAAGAUCUGCUGACCGUGGCAAAUGUCAACUUAAGCUAGAUAGUGGCAAAGGAUCAGAUGGUCUAGAAGAGCUUGACUGGAAUCAAGUUGGUUCCGAUAUGCUUAUUCAAAUGGGUCUCCCGAAAGGCCUAAAGAUUAAGAUUGUUAAAGAAGACGAAGAACCAACAGAAUUUCUUGCAAUGUUGAAUCUGUUGUAGCACAUUCUGUAACACGGGAGCUUCAACCAAAUUCUUAAUCCUUUAGCUGGCUAUAUUUGACCCUCAACUUACUUUCAUACAUCAACAUUGGUUUAUAGAUAGCCAGAACCAGCAAGGAGGUCGCUAAUCAUGUAGCUCUGGUCAACUGGUUGUACAAUGCUGUAGCCUGUCUAGUGUAACACACCCGCUCUCAACUUAAAAUCAUUGCCCUAUCCCCUGGACCAACUUUGUAUAUUCACUCAUUCUAGAAGUAAAUCUUGAGUUUCUUUUUUUAUUUUUUCGGAACACGGUUGAAAUUCUCAAGGGUUAAUGAAAACUUUCAACUACUACAUCAGAACUUUUAUCAAAUGCAAACUUGAAAGUUUUGGGAAUGCAUAAAUUGAUUACUUCA